CGUCUUUCCUCCUCACCGUCUAAGUAGAGGAUUGUCCCUCCUCCUCUUCCCCGUCUAGAGGACUGUCUUCAGCUUGGCUUCAGCAGUGCUAGUUUGUCUCUCAGAGUGACUUGUGGAAGACCUUGUGGCAGUUUACGCCAACCCUCUCGAACUUGACAAAACUAGUGCCAUGCAUCUGCACGAAUGCAUUCUUUUUGCUGCAGGGCCCUCUCCGUCCAUUCCAGGACCCGGGACGAUAGCCUUGCACGACAUACAGACCGGAACGUCUCUCGCAUCCUUCAAGCAGACCUCGGCCGCAGCUCGCUGCACAGCGGUCGUUCAAUCUCGCGAGGGUAUGGGCGGGUUCAUGCUCGCAGCGCAGCCGGACAAAUCCAUAAUGAACGUGUAUAAUUUCCAGAAAGAUCAACUCGCUCUGAAGAUCGUGCUGCCGGAGAAGCUCUCCGCGAUCGCAGUAGACCCUCGAGGGGAGCUCUGUGCUGGAGGCACGGUGCAAGGGCGGAUAUUCCUAUGGGAGGUUGCUUCCGGGGUCAUGUACAACGCAUGGGAUGCCCACUACCGACAAGUGAAUGUCCUACGCUUCACCCAAGAUGGCGCAGCACUUGUGUCAGGAAGCGACGACUCCAGCGUCAGCGUGUGGUCCGUGUCAAGAUUGGUCGACGAUGACAUGCAGAACGACUUGCCGACUCCGUACUGCAACCUCUCCGACCACUCGCUACCAAUCACGGAUAUAGUCUGCGGAGCAGGUAGCUUCCCAUCCUGCCGCAUCAUCACUUCCUCGGCGGACCACACGGCGAAGCUCUGGGACUUAUCCUCGAAAACCUUGCUCACGACCUUCCAUUUCCCUCAAGCAAUCGCCUGCCUCGCAUGGGACGCCACGGAGCGCCUUUUCUUCGCUGGUUCCGCCGACGGUUCGAUACACCAGGUGAAUCUGUUCCGCCAGCGCGUAGACAAGUUUGGGCGGGCUGCGAUGGAAGCUGUCGGGGGCGGCGGCGUGAACGAUACGAUCCGCAUCAACGACGAAGACCCGCAGGCUGCGAAAAAGCGGCUGAUAUCUGUUGGCCAACCAGUUACGACAAUGGCGAUAUCUCUGACAUCUUCGCUGCUCCUGGUCGGCACCGCGACGGGUUACAUCCACACAUAUGACAUAGCCUCUCACCAGCUCCUUCGCACGCUCAGCUCGCACAAAGGGAUGGUCAUCACGCACUUGACGACGCUCCUCCGCCCACCAGAUCUCGUCGGGCAUGUCAGCCUCACCCUGACUGCGGGCACGGAGACGAAGGAAGUGCCCGUACGCCCCGUAGCGCCGUUCCAGCGCAUGCGGGACGCGAAGGCGCGGGAACUACAUGAGGUGGCCAUGAUGCUCCCACCACAACCAGCGACCAAAGCGGAGGUGUUCUUCUCUUAUUCGCGGGAGGAGCUCCUCCGCGACCAGGCGCUCUUCGUCCAGACUGACGUUGGCGCCGGACAGCAGCCGGCGUCGGCGCAAGCGCGGCUGAGCGAGCUCGAGGCGGAGGUCGCGAAGCUGCGCGAGCAGCUCGGGAAGGCGAAGGGGAUGAACGAUACGAUGUGGGAGACGGUGGUGAAGCAGAUCGUGAACGAAAAGAAGGACAAGGCGGGGCCUAAUGGACAUGGUAAAGAGGACCCGGAAGAAGCAGGGAGGAGAAAGAAGAGAGGACGUACAUGAUGUUGUAGCUGUUCCAUGUCAACGUACCCUUGUUCAGCAUUCGGCUUGUCUUAGCUCACUGCAUGUCCAGUUCCAAUGAGAGAUAUUGUUGUGAUCAGAGAGUUGUGCAUAUCAUCGACGUACAUGCGCCUCGGUCAAGCUGCCAGUACCGACACCGCUGGGAACUAUCUGUCACGGCG